UGUUAGUAAUAAGGCUUAGUUUAGUUAAAAUUUAUAUUAUUUUGAGAAAAGUUAUGUGUAAGUGAAAUGAAAGCUGUUUGUAGUACACACAUUUUAAAACAACACCAAUCCUCAAUACUUAUAUCAACACUCUCAAGACCAGUAAACUUUUUUAUUCCAUAUCGUAGCGGCAGUCCAGUGUGUCUCAGUAGGGUGUAUGUGGCCUCCAUACCCAAGGACACAACGCAACGGCGGUACGCUAGUGGGGAAGCGAGGCCUCCUAGAAGACUAAGGAAGGUAUUCUACGCUACUGUGGGCCUCACACUUAUUGGUGUCGGUGGUGCUGUAGUAUAUGCAAAACAAGAUCCUGCAUUUAGAAACACGCUAGAAUCGUAUGCUCCUGGUACCGAUAGGUUUAUUAGCAUUAUUUAUCAAGAAAAGGGAGAAACUUUGAGUGUAGAUGCUAUCUCUGAACAGCUCACCUCGCUCCAAGAUAAGCUUUUAUCCUUACCAAAUGAGGUCUACAAAUUAAUUUCUCCCGAGGAAGAAGCGUCUAAACCUACAACGCUACCUCUACCUAAAGCUAAGGAGGUAAAAUCUGUAGAUGAAGCCAAAGCUAAGCCCAAAGCUGCCGUGGCUACAACAAAGAAAGCACCUGCUGUGGUUGAAGUUUCAAAUGAAGCAAUAGAAAGCAAUAUAAAGAAUUUUGGCAAUGAAGCUCUUCAGAUGUAUAAUGAUGCAAUAGCUUUGAUUCAAAGUAGUGGAAGUGAAAUAAUCGAAUUAAUCGACAAGUCUGUUGAAAAUGUUGAUCAAAAGGCAUGGAAUGAAAUACGAAAACAAGUUGAAGAAAACAAGAAAACCUUGUUAGUUGUUGAAGAAAAAGCAAAAAUAGCUGGGGAGAAAGUAAAGCAAUUCACAUCAUUAUUAAAGAGUACAAAAUUAUCAGAAGAUUCUGUAGAACAGUUGAAGGGACUCGAGAUUGAUGUUAACAAGGCAAAGGCCAAACUAGAAGAUUUGAAGAAUUCCAGGUUAGGAGCCUCUACAAAAUACUUCAAUAAAAUUGAAGAAGCAAGAAAACACUUCUCUGAAGAGUUGGUAACACUGUUUCCAAGCAUCAGGUUGUCCGAUAAAUACCUGAAGCUUUCAGAAGACCAAAUAGACUUGUUCUUGUAUUACGCUGUCCAAAAACUACUUUAUUACCAGAAGGAGUUGAACAAAUUAGAGACUCUAACAUCGCAAAGAUUAAAGAAGGCAAUACAAGACUCCAAAGAUGAUGCCUCUAUCAUUCAAGAAACCAUAGAUGCAGAGGUAGACAAAGCAAAGAGACAAAUUAAAGAAGAUUUUGACAAGAAGGUGUUGGAGCUGAAAGGUGAAUGUGACAAGGAGAUCCACAACCAAAUGAAGCGGCAGGAGCAAGUUCAUAUAGAUCUGCUCAACGACCAGCUGAAGCUGAAGGAGAAGGAGGUGGAGAGGAAGCUGAUCCAGCGGCUGGAGGACAGGGUCCUGGAGGAGCAGGGUAGACUCCAGGCGGAGCUGGCAGACAUGACUGGACGUAUGAAGGGCCUCAACGAAGCGAUAUCUAAGAGAGCUCUCCAGGACCAGAAGGCCCAGACAAGCCAGGCAUUGUGGAGUGCCACUGAGGCUCUCUAUGCUCAACUUAAGAACAGUAGUCCUGACAAGGAUGCUGCAGACAAGUUGCAACCUCUCACCAAUUCUGUGGAUGCCAUCAGAAAUGCUGCAGCUAAGGGAGACGAUCUGGUUGAGACUGUGUUGGCUACAAUUCCAUCAACCGCUCUGAAGCGAGGAGUGUAUCCUGAGGACUCCCUGCGGGAUCGUUUCCUCAAGGUGGAGAAAGUUGCAUGGCGAGUAGCAGGGAUCCCGGAGGGUGGGGCCUCACUCCCCAAGCUGCUGCUCGCUUGGCUGCAGAGUGCACUCAUAAUCAAGGCCUCUGAACCCAUCCCUACUGGUGAGCUCAACAAUGAACCCUUCGACCCUGCAGAGCUCAACAACUACGAUGUCCUGCAGCGAGCCAGAUAUUAUGUAGACAGAGGGGACUUCGAGCAGGCCCUAAAGUACAUGAACCUGCUGAAGGGAGGUGCCCGCUCCAUAGCUCUGGACUGGAUGAGGGAGGUGACAAUCCUCCUGGAGACUCAGCAGGCAGCUAACCUGUUGCUAGCCCAUGCGUCUGCCUCAGGCAUGAUCUACUCGUGAACACGACAAACGGAACUAUGUAAAAAUUCUUAUGUAAAUUGACUCUAUAUCGUUAUUUAUAAAUUUUCAAAAUCAAUAUACGUUUUUCAUUCCUAAAUUGAAUACAAUGUGUUCAUUAAAUUUAUUUUUAUAA